AGAGAGAGAGAGAGAGAGAGAGAGAGAGAGAGAGAGAGAGAGAGACAGAGAGAGUUUCCAGCAUCAGUAUUAUCGAGUCAUUCCUAGGCAAUUUUUUCUCUUAGCCUCAAGAAAAUUUCUUCGUCUUCAAGUCUUGAGAGAGAGAGAGAGAGAGAGAGAGAGAGAGAGAGAGAGAGAGUGUCCAUAGCCCAAAGAAUUUUUCACAUUUUCCCCCUUCAGCCCAAAAAAAGAAAAUCAUCUUGCGUCUUUAGCUCCGUCAAGAAACAUAUACCAUAUAUACCACUGGGAGAAUAUUUUCUUUCCUCUCUCCUCCGUCUGGAUCUUAAAACGUCUUAUUUAUUCUAUAUAUUUGUAAAGAAAAGACAGUUUCUCCGGACCAGCAAUAAAAACAAAUUUUUACUUAGCAGAAAAGGUCUCUCUUGCGUAUUUGGUCUCGGACCUCAGCUAAUCCUUCCGGUACAUCAGACCAGAAGGGCAGUAUAACCCUUAGUUAUUUCAUGGACUACAGAGAAAUAUAAGGGACCUGUUUCUGGCCUAGAAAAUAAGAACUUCCGCGUCUCUUUCUCUUCUCCUCUUCCUCUUCCUUUUCCUCCUCCUAGUCUUCCUUUUUCUUCUUCAUCCCUUCUCUUCCACACGUCAAUCCAAAGGUGUGAUCACACUCCUGCCAAUCUCAAGGGCUCUAUUCUGCGCCUCCUUGCCUCCUCUAACCUCGCAGUCUCGGAGGUCAGACGACCUCUCCUCCUAAGCCAUGGAGGUCAUGGCUUUCCUACGUCUUACAGAAGUCCUACGUCUCCUACUACUAAUGUUCUCACAAGGAUCUCCUGCUUGUAGCAAGUUCAUGAGUGCCAACUCCUAUGCCAACGGUGUUGUACGGGCACCUGCGGAGCCCCCGCUGCCACCUGGGGGAGAUCGGCGCCCCCUGCCCUGGGAACCCAACUCACCUGGGCCGAUGUUUGACCCGUCACCUCCUCAGAAUGUCACGGCUCUAAAGGACGAUAUCGCUUAUCUUCACUGUAUAGUCCACAACAGGGGCAACAAGACGGUGUCGUGGAUCAGAGUGUCGGACCUGCACAUCCUGACGGUAGCGCAGUACACCUACACUGCAGAUGACAGGUUCGAAGUGAUACACUCGCCGGACUCCAACUCACAGUCGUGGGUCCUGAAGAUCAACUCAGUGCAGCCUCGAGACAGUGGCCGCUAUGAGUGUCAGGUCAACACUCACCCCACUGAUCCCAUCACCUUCCCUGUCUACCUCUUUGUUUUUGUUCCCAUGGCUCGCAUCCUGGGGUCCGCUGAACGUUACGUUGAUAGAGGCUCGACUAUCAACCUCACCUGCAUCAUCAACUUCAACCCAGAGUCACCCACAGAGAACUUCUGGUUCCACAACAACAAGGUGAUCAACUACGAUAACCGUGACAGUCGAGUGAGUGUAAUCACUGACAGAGGCUCCGUCACUAAAACGAUUUUGUUGAUCCACGACGCUCACGACGCGGCUACUGGGACUUACUCCUGUGUCCCUUCCCUCUCCACCACCGCCUCCGUCAGGAUACAUAUUCUUAAUGGGGAGACUCCUGCAGCCAUGCAAACCAACGGGGCUUCAGGUACCGUUGGAAUCCUCCGUUGGUGGCAGUUCUUGGACGUCCUCACCACCACAACAGUCCCUGCUACAGCUGCUGCAGCUGCUGCUGCUGCUGUUCUCUCCUACACAUUAACAUUCCACCAUACCUUCGUCCCAAUAUAGAAAAUGGGUCCCUCUUUUUAACCUGUAAAAAAUGAUAUUGGCAGUUUUCUAUGAGGAGGAGUAAGUACGGUCACGAUGAAGCGCAGUGAUAAUGAACUUGUAGGAAUUCACUAUUUUUCUUUAUUGAAAUAAGCGUGAAAAUGGUAGUUUGUUUUGUUAGUUUAAGCGCUGUCCACGCUCUUCUGAUCCAGUAACACACUUGUAUGAUUAUUCGUUGGAUAAUUUCCCUGUAUAUAUGAGAUUAGUUACAAAGAGAGAGCAUAUCUCCCUAACUGAAUUAUUAUUUUAUAAGCCUGGGAGAAUGCCUUGUCUAUUAUGCCAGUGUAGAGUGAAUGAUCUUCGUAUUUUAUUUUAUAGUGUUAAAUUCUUAUAUUUCUUUGUGUACAUAACGGCUCCGGAACAUUUUUAAAAAAGGAAGAAAAAAAAGCACUAGCAGUUAAUUGUACAAACAGAGUUGUGUAUAUAUAGUGACAGUUAUAAAAGAAGAGAAAGUUGCUUGGAAAUUUCAGUAGAGGCGUUGCACAGGGAGUGACAGGUGUCGUGGUCCUCGGUGGUUCAAGAGACAGUGACUCACAAGCUGCAGUGAUCCAGCCACGGCCUCUCCACUAUCAAACUUUUAGAAAAAAAUGUAAGUAAAAUUGUUAGAAUAUAUUUAUUUUAAAGUUUGUGGCUCCGAGCAGGUGCCGGGCUUCUAGUGAAGAUUAUUGAAAGAAGGUAAGAUGUUCCUUCGUGUCGUACCAGCGAAGGAACCGCCUCCUGGUCGUGGAUAUUUUUGAUGUUCGAGCCUCUAAUAUGAACCAUUGAGUAAGCAGAAAAUGUACCUCAGUUUCGCGUGUUAGUGAUGAAACUGUGUUUUUUUGGGGAAAGAUCAGGAAAUUCCUGGUGCAGAGCCUCUAUGGGUACAGAAGAUGCACCUCAGAGCCGUGUAAAAAGUGUAUUCUCGUAGGUGGACUUCCCAAUGCUGAGACUCUAACAACGACAACUUGAUAAGAGGAUUUACCUCACCCUGUACUACUAAAGGGACUUUCCCCUGGUCGUCGAACUUCUUGAUGCCGAGGCUCUGACAACGAUCGCUUGAGAAGAGGAUGUACCUCGACCCAGUACCACUUGAGGGACUAUCCCCUGGCCGUCGACCUUCCUGAUAUUGAGGCUCUGACGAGUACCACAAUGAAAGUAUUGAAACAGGGUUCGAUACGGUGCAAGCUAAUAGUUGCCCUAUAAACCGCCAACAAGAAGAAAGAGGCGUUGCCACUUUGUCUUUAACUGGCCCAACAGGACUACCUACAGCUCAUCUGCCGACUUAUAAAAAUCCACUUACAAUUUAACCGCCUCUGUACAGAGCCACUUUCAGCUCUGUCAACCUACAGGAAAAAUGGCAGAGGUAAGACACUCCUCACACCAUCACUGACGAGUCGUCAAACUUAACUUUCAAUAUAUCAAUAAAACGAACAAUAGGUUUAUUGUAUUGUGAGUGGACAUAACUUUUGACUUAUUAAGGUCAAUUUUAAAGAUUCAUGUUCAACAGAAUCAUUCAGCACUGAAGGUGUUGAGUUUUUGAUGGUGUUCAAAUGUGAAUUAGAUCUUACCUCAGCUGAAAUGUUCAACAAAUUGAAUUAAUACAUUUCAACAAGGGUUUCUUUACUUCUCAAUAUCCAACAUGAACUUUUGAGAACAUACCCAACCGAUCCUCUCCGUUGUCAACUGUUCAAUAACUUUCCGUUGACGUUCGCUAGAUCCCAUUCAACUGAAGAAUUCAAACGCGAGCCUUGAGCUGUCCACUGAGUUUCCAGUAGUGUUCUCCAGCCCGUGUAACUAUCCAACCACGAACUCUCCUGUAUUCUCCAGCCCGUGUAACUAUCCAACCACGAACUCUCCUGUAAGACUUCCGUGUUUUCUCUCAAUUAUCUGCAAAAAAAAGAGUUGAAUAAAGUGAAAACCCGCGCGAGUACUAGCGUGAUCAGUGUGUGUGGCACAAGGCAUUAAAACUGAUGUGGAACGGGAAAUUCUUAACAGGGUCAUUCCUGAAAUUCCCAUACAUGUAUGGUAAGUUAACUGAAGAUGUGUGUACAGUUUUUUCAGUUAACAGUGAUGGUGUAGAGAAAGAGAGAGACAGAAAGAAACUGAAAGAGAGAGAAAGGUCCUACCACAGUAAUUAAUGUAUACCAGCUCGCGUCAGUUUAACAUCUCAUGGCUCCAAAUGUUGUACCGUCGACAACAGUGAAGAACAGACACACGUUGGAGAACAAGCUUUUGAUGUGACGACGUUUCGCUUCUCGUAGAGCUUCACGCCACGACAAAGCUCUGCACAGAACUUUACCGUGGGUUCAUAAAACUCUACGCUGAGAGAAAAGUUGGCCUGAUUCUGGCCUGUUGUACAACAUGUCUGCUUCACUUCCAUUUUUUGCUGUUUCAAUAUUUAUCAGAAUAAAACUCUACCGUGUAACGCACGUCUCUGCCGUGUGACGCACGAAUCUACCGUGUGACGCACGUCUCUGCCGUGUGACGCACGAAUCUACCGUGUGACGCACGGCAUUUUUUUUUUUAGAGUACCUGUUCAUUCCUAGUCGUUGUUUCAGUAACCGUAAGUUAGCUGUGAACUUUGUAUAUGAAGAUAAUAAAGUUUUUUGGUAAUA